AUGUGUUUACAAGCACUGGAGUUCCUGCAUGGCAACAAUGUGAUCCACCGCGACAUCAAGUCGGACAACAUCCUGCUGGGUCUAGAUGGCUCGGUGAAGCUGACGGAUUUUGGAUUCUGUGCACAGCUCUCUGCUGAACAGAAUAAGCGCUCAACUAUUGUGGGCACACCCUAUUGGAUGGCACCCGAGGUGGUGUCACGGAAGCAGUACGGUCCCAAGGUGGAUGUGUGGUCGUUGGGCAUCAUGGCCCUCGAGAUGAUCACUGGCGAACCGCCCUACCUCAAUGAGAUCCCGCUCAAAGUACGUUCCCUUCUCUCUUAUCCUCUCUUCCUCUUGCCCCUUCUUUCCCCCUCUCUUCCUUCUCCAAGCCAACUUUAG